AACUUAUUCAACAGCGAAAAGUGUACAGAAAGGGAAAUAUACAAAAACCAUCUUAUUGCCACAAACGAAAUUCCCACUACGAUUAGAUAAAAAUAAGGUUGUCGAAAGGGAUAAACGGAUAAACAAUGUAUUUGGGAAUACUAUUAACAUUAGAUAAGUUUGACUGUACUGAAAUUAAGAUUGCACUGUUUUUUGCACAUUUAUCUCGACAUUUAUAUUGUGCAAUGGUAGAAUACUAGUCUUUAGAAGAGGGGAUGUAUGAUACAGCCCUUUUGAAUCCCAUUGCACCUGUUGUUCGCACAUUGUACGUCUGUUUUUAUUGUGGGGUGUGUUGCUCAAUUGUUUAUAAUGUUAGGAGGUGCACCUUUUACACCCCAUACUAACCCCUGCAGUGGAGAUGAAGAAUGCAAUUACUACAGCAAUUUUCCAACUUGGUAUUAUCAGCGUUCAAGGACCUGUACACCUGGCAACGAAAGAACUGCAAGGGCCCAGAAUUUGUGUUGCACGAUGGACCCCCUUAUGCAAAUGGUACACCUCAUAUGGGUCAUUGCAUUAACAAAAUAUUGAAAGACACAGUUUUGCGUUCGAAAAUCAUUCAAGGUACGAAAGUGCACUACAGACCGGGAUGGGACUGCCACGGUUUACCAAUAGAGAUGAAAGCUGUCGCGUCGAACCUACAAAAACUGACCCCUCUCGAAAUUCGUAGCAGCGCUAGAAAUUUCGCGAAAAAUACAAUCGCCAUUCAAAGAGAUGCCUUCCAAUCGUGGGGUGUGGUCGCCGACUGGGCUAAUCCUUAUUUAACAUUCGAGAAAGGGUACGUUAAGAAUCAGAGUGAGAAAUUUGUCGAGUUGUACGAGAAAGGUUUGGUCUUUCGAGAGGUGAAGCCGGUGUAUUGGUCACCGUCGUCCAUGACCGCUUUGGCCGAGGCUGAACUUGAAUACAACUCGCAGCAUAGCAGUACGGAAGUUAUUUUAAGGUUGAAACUCGCCACCUGUCCAUUUUAUAGGGAUAAAGAAGGCAUCUACGCAUUGAUUUGGACUACAACUCCCUGGACAUUACCUUGUAAUCAAGCAAUUUGUUUUAAUCCCGGCUUGUCAUAUAGCAUUGUAAAAGUGGGUGAUAAGCCUGAAGCAUUAAUAGUGGCAAGUAAUUUAAUAAAGGACGUGUCGAAGAUUUUAAACGCCGAACUAAAAGUUCUCUCCAGUUUUCCAGGUGAAGCUCUCCAGGGCGCAACCUAUUACCAUCCUUUUAACAGAGAAGUGUUGCCAUUCCUACCAAGCGAUCAUGCCACUGAUACUAAAGGAACGGGUUUAGUCCAUACUGCGCCCGCGCAUGGUCACGAUGAUUUUCUAGUGGCUCUUGAUCAUAAACUUUUCACUUCAUCUCUAGUUGAUGAAAAUGGAUGUUACACUUCAUCCGUUGGGGCAAAGCUGGCGGGUCUGUUUGUAUUAACGGAAGGCACGAAGGUGGUUCUCGAUAUUUUGAAGGAGGACAUAUUGCAUGCUGGAAAUUACAUUCACUCGUAUCCGUACGAUUGGAGAACAAAACAACCGAUUAUAAUCAGGGCUAGCAAACAGUGGUUCAUCGACACUAAUCAAAUAAAGCACAAAGCCAUUGAGGUGCUAGAGCAAGUGCAAGGAUUACCAAAGUUUAACAAUGAAAUGUGCAAGACAAUGCUAACCACUCAAAUAUUGAAGAGACCCUACUGGUGUAUAUCUCGCCAACGUAGUUGGGGCGUUCCCAUUCCUGUGUUUUAUGAUGCUAGGUCUGAUGAACCAAUUAUCAAUAG